CACCAUGGCCGGCCUGGGGCGGCCGGGCCCAGGGCCCCGCGCCGCGUUGCCCGCCUGGAAACGGGAGAUCUUGGAGCGGAAGCGGGCCAAGCUGGCCGCUUUGGGCGGGGGCGCGGCGCCUGAGACCGGGGCCGAGGCGGGCGCGGCGGAGCCCUCGGGGCCGGCGGCCGAGCGGCUCGUGCUGGCCGACAGUCUGGGCCCGCUGCGCGAGAACCCGUUCAUGCGCCUGGAGUCGGAGCGGCGGCGCGGGACGCGGGGCGGCGGCGGCGAGGGGCCGGCGGGGGCGCGGCCGGUGCAGCAGCUGCUGGACCUGUACCGCCGCGUGCCCGGCGUGCGCACCAUCCACGCCGACAACAUCCUCAUCAUCGAGUCGGCACCGGGCUUCCCGCCCGCCGGCCCCGGCCCCGGCCCCGGCGCCGGCCCGGCCGCCCGCAUCCGCGCCGCCGAGGUGCUCGUGUACGAGGCGCCGCCGCCGCCCGGGCGCGUCAGCCGCCUGCUCCAGAAGUUCGACGCGCCGGUCCGCCGCGGGAGCCCGGAGCGCGGCCGCACCCCGCCGCCGCCCCCGCCGGCUCCCGGCCCCGCCGCCUCGCGCGUGGGUGAGCGCGCAGCCUGCUUCGAGCCUGAGCGCCGUGGUACAGGCCCCGGGGCGCGGCGCAGCGACUUCCUGCAGAGGACCGGCAGCAACUCCUUCACCGUCCACCCUCGGGGCCUGCACCGCAGCGCUGGCCCUCGCCUGCUCCCGAACGAGCCUGCAGCCCCCGAGUCCCCAGCCGGCGCUGCCAACGGCCUCGCGGGCUCCGCACCUGGGCCGGGCGAGUGGAAGCCAAAGGUGGAGUCGGGGGAUACCCCGGUCCACCCGCCCCCCAGCCCGGGGACCCCCAGUGCCACUCCAGCCGCGUCCCUGGCUUUGCCCACACCCAACCCUGCCAGUGCCACUCCUAGCCAGCGCCAGUGGGUCUCCGCGGCCACCAGCGCCAAUGACUCCUUUGAGAUUCGGCGGGCUACCAAGCCAGACUUAGACAGGAUCCCUGCUGGGGACCUCCAGGCCCGGGCCCUGGCCAGCCUCCGUGUGAACUCCCGAAACUCCUUCCUGUUCAUCCCCAAGCGCAAGGAUUCUGGCCCCCCCCCUCCUGAAGGGAGGCAGGCCGGGAGGCUGUCUGAGAGAGAGGUUGGCUGGUCCUCCCAAAGCCUGGAGCUUGAAGCCCAGCUGGUGCCUGGAAGGGACAACGUGCCUAUUGGAGGGAGGAGCCCCUUGGGGGUCGAGGAGGGAGCCUGCGCCAGGCCAGCUACUGCCCUGGUGGACCAGGCUGUUAGGCGGCAGAGGCUGUCCUCACCAUCCCUAUGUCCGUUGGCUGCCGACGAAGCUAAGCCUGCCCAGGGCCUCGGGGUCCCCAGCCUGGCCAAGAGCGGCAGGGAGCCUGGGAGGCCAGGACUGCCUGUUACCUUCAUCGAUGAGGUGGACUCGGAGGAUGAGGUUCCCCAGGAAGCCAAACUGCUCUGCUCGGGAGCUGCUGGGCCUCCUUGGUGCCCCCUACACCCCGUCGGGCCCGGGCACCCAUCAGGGCGCCGGCAUCUAAGUGGCAACACCUUCACCGUGGUGCCCAAGAGAAAACCAGGGUCCCUGCAGGCCAAUGGGGAGCCCAGUCCACAGGAGGCUGAGGAGGACGAGGCAGGCGACUCAUCAGUUCCCCCCACCGCCCUGGGGACCACACUGAAGAAGCGCUACCCCACUGUGCAUGAGAUUGAGGUGAUCGGUGGCUACCUGGCCCUGGAGAAGUCCUGCCUCACCAAGGCCGGCUCCUCGAGAAAGAAGAUGAAGAUCUCCUUCAAUGACAAGCGCCUGCAGACGACUUUCGAGUACCCCCCUGAGAGCUCCCUGGUGCAGGAGGAGGAGGCUGAGGCCCAGGAGGCGGCCGAGGAGGAGGAAGAGGAGGAGGAGGAGGAGGAGUCCAGCUCAGAUGGGGUGGUGGAGAAGCCCUUUGCGCUCUUCCUGCCCCGAGCCACUUUUGUGAACAGUGUGGGGCCUGAGAGCCCUCGCCUGCCGGACAGCAGCUCAGGCCUGUCCAGCUACACUCCAAAGCACUCCGUGGCCUUUAACAAAUGGCAGCAGCAGACAGCAGCACAGGCUCCGAGGGAGGCAGAGCCGGCACCCAAGGAGGUCAUGGUGAGUGGGGCUGGGGCUAGGAGGGCUGACAAGGGACGGGGGCGGGGUGGGGGGGUCCUCUCUAACCUCUGGAUGCGCCCCAUUGGCUCUCUCUGUGUCCCUCUCUCUCAGCUCACCCCUGCCAGUCAGAAUGACCUCUCAGACUUCCGCAGUGAGCCUGCUCUCUAUUUUUGACCCCGACCCUGCUAGGAUGGCCAAGGCUGAGCCCUGGGAGCUGGGCAGUGCCCAGGAGCCCUGCCCUCGUUCUGUACCCUCUUCUGCCCCGUCAGGCUCUGCCCUGCCAUAUCCCGCCCUCCCUUCCUGGGGUCUUGGAGCUGUGCUGGUGCUCGGCCUGAGUCUAGGGCCCUGGGGGCUCCUACCUCCCUUGGGGGGAGCCUUGCCCUCCCGCCCUGAUUCGGGGGCACUGCCUGUGGAGGACCGACAGGGUCCUGCUGGACACCAUGCCCAGCAGCUAUCCGAUGUGUGUGAAGGACUAGCUUGGCUGCCUGUCUUCUGGAACUUCAAGCCAUUCCCUGCCCGCAAACCCCAACAGCAGACCUCAACCCACCCCCUUUGUGACGAAUGGUGUCUUUACUUGCGUUGGACGAGGGACUCAAUAAAUAGCACUGGACAAGGCC